CUCAGGGGAUAUUUGUCAGUGUUUGGAAGCUGAGAUUCAGAGACUCCCUCUGUUAUAUCAAAAACUUCCCAAAUUUCUUUAUCAUCAUAAUCCCAUCCAACACUCCCACCAAUUUUCAUUUUUAUUUUUUUAUUUAAAAAAAAAAAAAGAAAAUUGAAAUCCCUCGGAUCAUCUUCAAAGAAAUUCUUCUCAGUUUUCCCCCAAAUGUGAGUCGGAUUUUUUCUGAGGAAUUUGUAAUUGUUGCUUCGUUUUCUUCUGGUUUUGGCUCCGGAAAUGCAAGACAUCCACUCGAUCGCCGGAGGAAGUCGGUUGUUCGGUGGCGGGGGUGACCGUCGUCUGAGGCCGCACCUCCACCACCACCAAAACCACCAGGCCUUGAAGUGCCCAAGGUGUGAUUCUCUCAAUACAAAGUUCUGUUAUUACAAUAACUACAAUCUCUCUCAGCCUCGUCACUUCUGCAAGAGCUGCCGACGCUACUGGACUAAAGGUGGCGUCCUCCGUAACGUUCCUGUCGGAGGCGGUUGCCGGAAAACCAAACGCUCCUCCUCCUCCUCCAAGUCCACUCCCGAUGUGGCGACGACGUCUCCUCCUCCUCCUCCUCCUCUUCGCGAACGUAAAUCCACCUCUCAUUCCAGCAGCGAGAGCUCCAGCCUAACCGCUACAACCACCACGGCUGCCGCCGCGGCGACAGAGGCCGUCUCUGCUCCGUCCUCCAUUUCAACGUCGGCUCUAUUGAGCGUACAGGAUAGGAAAUUGUUCCCCGCUCCGACUACAAACCCUAAUUUCGAAGGUGCGGCGGGUGCGGGGACGGACUGCGGGAUUUUCUCGGAAAUCGGAAACUUCACGAGCUUGAUCACAUCGUCUAACGAGACAUUGGCGUUCGGAUUCGGCAAUAUGGGGGACGUGACGCCGUUUGCGAUGAAUCAUCCGUUUCAAAAUCAAGCGGCGAAUCAAUGGCCGUCACAGAGAAUGAUGAACGGUAACGAUGAGGUGAAGAUGCAAGAGAUCACAGGCGGAGGAGGAGGGUACAUGGAUCAGACGGCACAGGUGGAUCCAUCAGCAGGGCUUCAGAAUAGCAGAUCAAGCAUCAUUGGAUUCGGACCGUUAGAUUGGCAAUCAAACGGAGAUCAUCAAGCUCUGUUUGAUCUCCCCAACGCCGUUGAUCAAGCAUACUGGAGUCAAAAUCAGUGGAGUAGUGAUCAAGAUCAGCCUAAUCUGUACCUCCCGUAAAUCACUCGAGACCACAGUCAAGACGACUUUCUUAGCCGACCACCUCCGUUUCUUUUUUCUUUUUCUUUUAAUUUUUUUUCCCUAAUUUUAGUAUAUAAUUAAAAAAAAAAAAAUCUCUCAAUUAAAAAAAAAAAAAAAUCAAAAUCAAAUUUCGAAAUAUAAAAAGAAAAGAGAGAUUCUUCUUCUUCUUCUUCUUCUUCUUCUUCUGUAUGUAAAUCCGCCUAUAGUAUAUUGAAUUUGAGCUUCGUUUAUGAUGAAUUUCGGAUUUUCGUUGCCCCUAUAGGAUGAGGAGGAGGAGGAGGAGGAUGAUGACGUGGAGAAUAUUGGGUGACGUGGGGGCCACGUAUCUCUCUACAAAGGACGAGAAUAUGAAGGUUUUUUCUCUGGGCUUCGUCUUUUGGUUUCCACGUCACUUGAAACAGUAUUACUGUGCUGUCACUGUCACUGUCACUGUCACUGUCACUGUCACUGUCGCUGAGUCUUGUGGUAAUAAAUACACCUCACUUUCUUCUUAAUUACAAUAAUGCCUCCAAUUCUUUCA